AUGGAGGUUGUGGAGGGCGGCGGCCUCCUGCAGCAGCAUGGCGCCAUGGAGAUCCAGAGGCGCGGAUGCAGGGGAUUCGCCCUCAUGGGGCGAGGGAGUGAGGGCGGCGGCUGCAGCCUUGGCGGCCGCCCGCUCACAAUCUGCGCGCGCCAGGGCGGCGUCCCGGGCGCUGGUAGCCUAGGCGGCCUCCUCCUCUGCCUCGGCGAGACGGGCAAGGGCGGCGUUGUAGGUCUUCUGGCGCUCCAAGGCGACGGCGCUGGCCCUUUCCUUGGCCAGGCGGGCGGCAAUCUCGGCCUGCUGGAGUUCCCCCUCCCCUUCCCCUCACCACGCAUCUCCCUGUGCCUCCGGUUUCUUUCACCCGCUAGGGCGAGUCGGCGCCGCGGGGGAGCCGUCCGCGUAGCGGAGCUCGCCGGGCACCACCGCCCAGCCGAGCCGGACGCCCGUGAACCCCGCGAACUUGGAGAAGGAGCAGAUCUCGAUGGCCACCUCCCGGGCGCCGGGCACCUCGUAGAUGGACUGCGGCUUGCUGUUGUUGCCGCCGCCGCCGCCUUCAAACUGACCUUGCGCAGGUUCUGCGCUCCGUCCGAGAUGAACACCUCAGACUCCUUUAUCCCCAUGUUUGGCCAAGGCCUGCAGAUCAGAUUCUACGACUCCUACUGUCCUGACGCCGAGGAUAUCGUGAGGUCGACCGUCGAGCAGUACUACGACAAGGAUGCCACUGUUGCCCCAGCCCUGCUCAGACUCCAUUUCCAUGACUGCUUCGUUCAGGGGUGCGAUGCUCGAUCUUGAUCUCUGGAGCGUCCUCUGAAAGGAGUGCGCUGUAGAAUUUUGGUCUGAGGGGGUUUGAGGUGAUAGAUGACGCUAAAUCUCAGCUGGAAGCCGUGUGCACUGGGGUGGUGUCCUGCGCUGAUAUACUGGCUCUCGACGCUGUUGAACGCUAAAUCUUCACGGCGACGGGCAACGCGGACCCGACCAUCAGCCAGGCGUUCCUGCCGCAGCUCCGGGCGUUGUGCCCGCCCGGCGGCGACACGGGCCGGCGGGUGGUCUGGACAAGGACAGCCCCGGCGCGUUCGACGUGAGCUUCUUCAAGAGCGUCCGGGACGGGAACGCCGUGCUGGAGUCGGUCCAGCAGCUGUGGAGCGACGCCGCGACGCAGAGCGCCGUGCAGAAGUACGCCGGCAAUGUGCGGGGCCUGCUCAGGCUCCGGUUCGCGUACGAGUUCCCCAGGGCCAUGGUGCGGAUGAGCAGCGCCGCGGUGAAGACCGGCGGGCAGGGCGAGGUCAGGAGGAGGUGCUCCAGGAUCAACUGAUGCGGCGCAGGCGGCAGAGUUCUACCGGCUUGGCCGUGUGCGAACUGGAACCGCUUCGUGUGUUGGCACGUCGUGCUCGGCUGGGGACAUGAAACAAAUGGUGCCAGCAUGCAACGAUUCUUUGCUAGUAUUGGCUGCGACCUGUGGUGUAUGCGUGUGUGGCUUCUUGCCUGUCACUUUCUUGCUCUGUGUCUGAAGGUAACCUGCAUAAUUCGGCCAACAUCUUGUGCCUAAUCGCUAGCAUUUGAGAAUAUACGCAUGUCCUAUUGAUUUC